AUGGGCUCCCCAGAGAGAAAAGGCUUCAUUGGGUCUGUGGUUGAGUACCUCUGGGACACAAGGAGCAAGGAGUAUCUGCAGCUCCAGCUGACUGAAGUGGUAGAGUGGCAACACUUCUCAGUUUCAGGAGUUGAUCUGUCCUGUUACAGGGAAAAGGAAAUUUCCUUGCAUGAUGCUCUUGGCGAGAGGGUUGGAGAUCCUGAUGGAGAAGAAGAAGAAGAAGAAGAAGAAGAAGAAGAAGAAGAAGAAGAAGAAGAAGAAGAAGAAGGAGGAGGAGGAGGAGGAGGAGGAGGAGGAGGAGGAGGAGGAGGAGGAGAAGAAGAAGAAGAAGAAGAUGAGAAGAAAAGGUUUUUGGCAGUUUAUCCUCAGGUGAAACUGGAGCUUGAGCAGCAGAUCAGGAAGCUGCACGCCCUUGCAGACAAGAUUGACAAGGUGCACAAGGACUGCACCAUCUCACAAGUGGUGGCCAGCUCCACUAGUGCUGUGUCCGGAGUCCUGACGAUCCUUGGUCUCGCUCUGGCACCGGUGACAGCAGGACUCAGUCUGGGACUUUCAGUCACAGGCUUGGGGCUGGGGGCGGCAGCAACAGUGACUAGUGUUUCUACAACCAUUGUAGAAAAGGUUAGCACAGCGUCAAUGGAAGCUAAAGCCAGCCAGCUGGUGACAACCAGCAAGAAAAAAGAAAAGGCCACUAAAGAAGUUUUGGAGAAGGGUACAUCCAGGCUUGUUUCCUUAUGUGAGAAUUCUUUCAUUAACCUGAAAGUCAUCACGAAGAGCGUCAAGCAGGUCAAAACUAACUCUCACCUAGGAACUAGUACAAAGCAUGUGAGCACCAUAGGGAGGGUGUCAUCCCAAAACACUAGACAGGUAGAGAAAGCAAUUGAAGGCACUGCUCUGGCAAUGUCCAAAGGAGCCCAGAUCACAGGUGCAGCCGCUGCAGGUCUCUUUCUGGUGCUGGAUGUGGUCAGCCUUGUGCAAGACUCAAAGCAUUUGCACAAGGGUGCUAAGGCAGAGUCUGCGGCAAAGCUGCGGCAGCAGGCUCAGGACCUGGAGCAGAACUUGAAGGACCUCAUCCAGUUUCAUGCCAUCCUGACAAAGUGACCUCUUCUUCAGUGCAGCUCAGAGGACUGGGGAAUGGGGAUGCUCUAGAUAGACACCUGAUAGCCCCUGACUGUAUCCCCUCUACAGCAAUGUCACCAUGGUGGAAGUGCCUGCUAGAGGUGGAGGCCACAAUAAGAGAAAGGAAGCCAGAACACAGAUGGGACAGGCUUGGGACCUUCCACUAGAUUGCACCUCUUAGAUGCAACAACCUACCAAUAUCCCACAUGAGAACCAAGCUCCCAAGCUGCGGAGCACAUCCAAGGCUUGACUGAGCCACAGCAUGGCUGCUCCUCAGUCCUGCCCACCACACUGCUCCUAGCUGAGGCUCACCAUCCUCACUGUCCUCUGAGCUGCCAACUUUCAUACUGCUUUCUGAUUGGUUACAUAGAGACCUUCUCCUCCUUUCUUACUUCUACCUAAUUCUGUAUUUUUCCAAGUAUUUCCAAAUCUUACAAUCAGACUCUGGAUGGGAACUCCAUUUCUUUGUUCAUGAUUUGGUCAUGUGGAGUGAUGGGUCUUUUGGUGAAAUGUUCAGAGAGUAGAAAGGAAAGGAUGCUGGGAAUAUCAUCUGCAUAGUCAUCACAGGUUCUUGGUCCUAGUGCCAGCUGUGGAUCCUACAAGGAAGGAAAGAUGACAGGGUAUGGCUGGUCAGUUCUGCUCUCUGCAACCAGAUUCUGGGGAAAUCACAAGGUUUAAUUCCUAUUGACUUUUAAAAUCUGCUGAGAUUGGAUGAGAUCUGCUGAGAUGCACGUGAAGGGCUACACUUGCUCCAUAGUAUUUGAAGAGUAAACUUGUGAACACUGACCUGGUCAUGC